AUGAGCGCUUGUCUGGAGGAUAUCACGAAGGAUGGCAAAUGCGUCGUGCUGAUUCUCGACGGUCUUGAGCUUCAAUCCCAGAAUGCUCGUAUGAGACUGCUUACAUAUAUCACCAAGCUUGGCCAUGGUGUCAGAGCUCUUCUUUGCAUUGAUGAUACACGGAAAGUCAGCACUGGACUCGAACCAAGAUGGGCGGAGGUCAUGUCGAAUGCUCUCAUGGUGGACGAAACUACGGAGUGGCGAGAGUGCUUUGAAAGCCUCCGUUUCGAUGGCAUGCACCAAAGGCGAGAUCAAAUCGCAGAUCCCCUGCCUGCAACCAACCAAUGGCUCUGGGAAACCGAAGAGUUCCAGGAGUGGAAAUCUUCUGGUAAAAUAAUGUGGAUAAUGGGUGAAGGGGGAUGCGGCAAGUCGGUUCUAGCGAAGAACAUUCAACAACGUCUUCAAAGGGAUGUUCAAAACGGCGAUCUCAAUGACGAUUCAUUCGUAUGUGACUGGUUCUAUUCAGCCCGACGGCCUGAUUUUGGCGCCAAAGAUGCUUCAAUGCUGCGCGCUCUGACUUUUAACAUCCUCAGCUCAAGCAAGACGACAUUCGGACCUGCGACAGCUAUCUAUCGGGCAAGAUUUGAUGCUGGACGGCAGGAUGACGACUGGUUGCUGUCGGAGCUGUUUGACCUUUUCACGACACUCGCGCUCAGCCCUUCAACGCCCCCAACACUCGCAGUGAUAGACGCGUUAGACGAGUCAGAGAGCGUGACGGGAUCUUCAAGUCUCAAGUCGAAGCACAGAAGUUUCGACUUGCUGCAGAUGUUUACCGAGAUUGCAAAUUCCCGGAACAGCCGCGUCCGCUUCGUCUUGCUGAGCAGGCCUGAGCCCGUCAUCUCCAAAAGCCUGAGUAACUGCUUGAAGAUCAAGAUGGAGCAGUACAACAACCGGGAUAUUUCCAUCAUGAUUGAAGACGGUAUCGAGAAACUUCGAGUGGCCUGGCAGGAUGCCCUCUCCUGCGACUCUCAAAACGACGACUCGACGGAUUCCUACGAGGACUUCGACGCCUCAAGUGAUUCGCUGUCUCAUGAGAGCCAGCCAUCUAAUGACGACUUCGAGACACAGGAGGCAACACUUCGCAAAAUCCGCGCGCACCUAAAAACUCAUGCAAACGGCGUGAUACUCUGGGUUAUCUUGAUGAUUCUACAACUUUUGCGCUUGAUCGAAGAUGAGAGAGGGUUUCCAGUCCAGGAACUGAUGGACUCGCUGAUUGCGUCACCACCAGAAGUUGAAGAAAAUUUUAUCAACGUCCUCGAAGGUCUCAAAGGUUUAAAAUUUCAGAAUGGAUGGUUGGGUCUCAAAGGAGGUCGUCUCUACGACUAA